AAUUUUGACAGUUGUGGCGCUAGUGAGAGAAAAAUUGUAGUGGAUUUUAUUCAUGAGUACAAAUAAAAAUAAAAAGUGAAGGUUUCAAAAAACCCCAUUUUAAUUGUAAAUAGAUCGGUAUUCAUGAGAAAAUGAAUUUUAACAAUAUUGAAUAUGUCAAAUAACAGUGAUUCUGAUGAAUUCUAUGAUGCUGAGGAGGAUAUAUCUAAUCAAGCUAAUAAAAGCAAAAAAUCACGAACAUUAUCAAGAGAUUUGACUCAGCGAGCUAAUUCAGAACCUAAUGUCUUCCAAAAAUGUGAAUCAAUCAGAAAAGAAGUUGGAAAAUUGAACAGCAAUGAUGAAGAUGAAAUAUCUGGUGUACCUUCAGACUCACUUGGUUGUAAUAGAAAAAAAUUCAAGGAAUUGAGGCAAAAACUUCAAAAUGAUGAUGAUGAUCCUCAAACAGGUGAAGUAUCUCAAGCAGAUAGCCAAACUUCCUCCGUAGAGGGAGUUUCAGUGGGCUCUACUAAAAUUACGCAUCCAUUUAGAGUUAUUGAACAAGAUACUGUUAGCCUACAAAGUCAUAGCUCACUGGGAAGGUUGGGUAGGAUCCUUGGAAAUACAUCUGAUUCAGGAACUAUACCAGAAAAUGGACGGAAAGCUGUAUCAGUAUCUGCUUUAUCUUCAAGUUCCCUGGAUUCUGGUUCUACUCCAAGUUCAAAAGGCAUGUCUCAGUAUCCUAGUAUUUCCACUUUGACUUCAAUAAAACCCGCACAAAAUAUUGAAAUAACCACAAAACUUCAAGAACCUGAUGUGAUAGCAAGUACAAAGACAUCUACAGCAACAUCUUCCUCGUUAAUCAAGGCUCCUAUAGCUCCACCAAGGAGAAAGAAAAAGAAUAAAGAUGUUGGAUCUCUAAAUUUGACAAAAUCAGCUUCCACAACUACAUUCCAAACUACUUCCCAUCACCUAGCCAGUCCGGUAAGCACAGUGGAAUCCCUGACUAGAGAAUUUGAGCAUUCACUUCCUAAACAAUCUUCCCUUACAUCAACCAAGUCCGAAACAGAACAAGAUCCAGAACCCAAGAGCCUUAAAAAUUCUAAGACUUCAACCCUGAAAUCUAUUCAUUCCCUUGACAUAAAUCAGGCCCUGAAGGGGAAAUUUGUGGUAAAACCACAGGAUAAUGACAAUUAUAAGGCCAAAAAGAGUUCAAAGAUUGAUGUGGCAGAAAAGUCCAGCUGUAUAUCUCUUGCCGGGGAUUCUUCCAACAUUGUUGUUACCAGUACUAGGGGGUCUUCUAGUAGGAGUAGCGUGGGACAUUACAGUUUAGGCCCACACAGGGGAAUAAAUAAACCUUCAACUUCAAAUUCCAAAGAGAGAAGAAAAUCGGCUGGUGACGAGAACAUGAUGGCGAUGAAGGUUAGAACUCACACUGAUUCUGGGAAGCAAUUAUCAGAUCUGGAGAUAUUGGAACAGGUUACCGUCUUGAAUCUGGAUACUGGAGAGAGAGUUCCUUUGAGUGUUGCCGAGGAUAAACUUCCUCAAUGCAUCAAUCCGCUGUCUUUGCACAUAAUGAGGUUAACUUCAGAAUAUGUUAGCAGUUCAAGCAUGGAUAAGAUCAAGGAAUCGGAUGAAGAGAGUGUGGACUUGAAGAAAUCUGAGAUCCCAGUGGUGGAUGCAGAGAAUGCCGAAGGGGGUAGGGUGCGUAGAAAAACCGCUAAACUGAAAAGAUUCUUGGACUCCACAGUCAGGAAGACCAUGCAUAAAGCUAAAAGCAUCGCACAAGAAGUUUCUCAUGCUCGACAUAAAGAAGAUACAAUAGAUAUAAUCGACAAUGUUCACCCUGGGGAGCAGAACAUCAAACUUAAGACUUCCAAUUCACACAAAGGACCUUAUGAAUUUGAGAAGGUGGAACAUGUUCAAGAAAUCAACGAUGAACAUGAAGGUCCAAUAUGGUGCAUGAAAUUUUCUUGCUGUGGUAAACUAUUAGCUACCGCUGGUCAAGACAAAGUCCUUAGGAUAUGGAUUGUGAGAGAUUCAUUUCAGUUCUUCCAGGAGAUGAGAACGAAAUAUAAUGCAGAAAAAGUAUCUCCUACACCUUCGCAAGAAUCUCUGGUGUCCCAUCAUUCCAACGAAGCUAGCACCAGUCUUCCGAAUAUGGAAACCAUGAACAACAAAGAAAACUCAAAACUAGUCUUCAUGCCUAAACCUUUCUGUACGUAUUCCGGCCACACUUCUGACCUUUUGGACGUAUCAUGGUCCAAAAACUACUUCAUUCUGUCUUCUUCAAUGGAUAAAACUGUCAGACUGUGGCAUAUAUCGCGAAAGGAAUGCCUUUGUUGCUUCCAACAUAUAGAUUUUGUAACCGCUAUAGUCUUCCACCCACGAGACGACAGGUACUUCUUGAGCGGUUCAUUGGACGGAAAGUUGAGGUUAUGGAACAUUCCUGAUAAAAAGGUGGCUGUUUGGAAUGAGGUGGAAGGAACAACCAAACUCAUAACCGCUGCAAAUUUUUGCCAGAACGGUAUGUUUGCUGUUGUAGGCACCUAUGAUGGUAGAUGCAUCUUCUACAAUACUGAUCAGCUCAAGUAUCACACUCAAAUUCAUGUGAGGUCUUCCAGAGGUAGAAAUGCAGUUGGUAGGAAAAUAAGCGGGAUCGAACCCAUGCCUGGACAAGAUAAAAUAUUGAUAACCUCCAACGAUAGUCGGAUAAGGUUAUAUGACUUGAUUGACCUCAAUGUUAGCUGCAAGUACAAGGGUUAUGUGAAUAUGAGCAGUCAGAUCAAAGCAAGUUUCAGUCACGAUGGGAAAUAUGUAGUGAGCGGUUCAGAAAAUAGGGAUGUGCAUAUUUGGAAAACAAGUCAUGAUUAUGCCAAGUUUUCUUCCGUUAGAAGGGAUCGUAACGAUUUUUGGGAAGCUAUAAAGGCGCACAACAACACCGUCACAUGCGCUAUUUUCGCUCCGAACCCAGAGAGCAUAAUCAAAAUGGUUGAGGAAGCUUCUAGAUCAGAAACGGUGGAAGAUGAAGAUAAUAAGGUGGAGGAUCCUAUAGUAGAACAACAUACAAAAGGUUGUGGUGGUUACGUCUUGGUGUCUGCAGAUUUUAAUGGAUGCAUCAAAGUAUUCAUAAACAAAAUGAAACCAAAACAUAGUUCAUUACCAGUUUCUGCUAUGUCUUAAUUAGUUUAUUAAUGAAUUUUUAAAAAAGAUAUAUAUUGAAUAAUUACUUACCAUUCUUAAUUAUUUUCAGUCUAAUUUUAUAUAAUUUAAUCAAAUACAUAUGUAGAAAGUGAUUGUAUUUAUUGUAAAUUGGUUGUAUAUAAAAUUUUAAAAAUAAA